AUGCAAGCUGUAAGGAGAAAGAUUGCUGACAUUGGACCUGCAGUUUCUUUGCAGAUCCUGGUCUGUGAUUUUGAUGGGGAAAAAGAAGAUGAGCAGACAGUUGCAGAAAUCAUGAGAAGGCGUUUUUUUCCUGCUGUUAUUACUCAUAAAGCCUGGGAAGGCUUUCACUUUGCUGGCCAUGAGAUAAGAAUUACAGAAGCCAUUGAUUGUUAUGGGGCAGUCGUCUGGCCAUCGGCUCUUGUUUUAUGUUAUUUUUUGGAAACUAAUUCUAAACAAUACAAUUUGGUUGACAAAAAUGUGAUUGAAAUUGGAGCUGGAACUGGGUUGGUCUCCAUAGUAGCCAGUUUGCUGGGUGCACUUGUGACUGCCACUGAUUUGCCAGAACUGCUUGGAAACCUCCAGCACAAUGUUCUCCGAAAUACAAAGAUGAAAUGCAAGCACCAGCCUCAUGUUAAGGAAUUGUCUUGGGGAGUUGAUCUGGAAAAGAAUUUUCCUAGGUCUUCCUGUCACUUUGACUACAUUAUGGCUGCUGAUGUAGUUUACCACCAUCCCUUCCUGGAUGAACUCCUCCUAACUUUUGAUCACUUGUGCAAGAAUGACACUGUUAUUCUAUGGGCUAUGAGAUUUAGGUUGGAAAAGGAGAAUCAAUUUGUUGGCAGAUUUCAGACACUGUUUAAUUUAGAAGUGCUUUCUGAUUUCCCCAGUUUGAACAUAACCCUGUAUAAGGCAAUGAGGAAAAGCAGGAUGACAACCAUCCCUUCCAAAGUCAUGGUCUAA